UAGAUUUAUUAACUCAAAGUUCAUGCUUCCACACCCUGAGAUGGCUUUUGCAGGACAGGCUAACCCUGGCAGCCUGCACUGCAAGGUGGUAGGUGGGGCAGCCCAGGCCCACACGGUGGUGCUGCUGACAGGGGAGAAGGAGCUAAAACAGCAGCCAGCAGUGGGGAAAACCACUGAGGUCCCGUUCACCGUGCUGGUGGACAGAGAGGACCAUGACUCCAAUCUCUCUUGCUUCACGGAACUGGACCUGCGUCCUCACGGCCUGGGACUACUGGGGAACAGCUCAGCCCCCAGGCAGCUCCAAACUUUUGAUGAAGGAAGGGACUGCAGAUAGGGGUUUAAGCAGGGGUGUCCUGACUGUAGGGUUUCUUUGAAUGGGGAGAGCUAGAACUCGAAGUAUCUGAGAAAACAUGCCCUGGCCAUUGGGCAGUGGCCACAUAUGAGAGGUCUGAGGCCGAGGAACUUUUGAGAAGGCUGUAUGGUUGUGUCCUAGGGAAGGAGGAGCCCCAGGUAGCGAAGUAUCCUGGAAAAGAGGAAUACAGAUUGGUAGGAGUUGGGGGUUGGAAAUGAGCAUGCUAAGAGAUGAGCUGCAUCCAGUACUGUGAGGCCUCCUCCAGUUCAUAGCCACCCUUCUUUCCAGUCCUGCCCGUGACCUCCCCGCACCUCACGUUCCUUGGUUCCUAGAAGUGGGAAAGUGGUGGCCUGUGGGCUGCUCUCUGGAUGAGCUGUUCCCAGUCUCCAAGGCCCAGGUCCAACUGGCCCUGGGGGCCAAAUGCUGAAUGCCUCAGUCUCAAGGCUUGACAAGGAAACCCUCCAGGCCACAGCUAUUGGGAGAUCUGAGCAGGAGGCUGUGGAGGAGGUUGUUUGACCUUUUACAGUAAAGAGGGUCGGUGCUGUAGGAGAGGCCAAUGGGCAGAAAUAGGGUGGAGAUUAAGGCACAGGGGCGGAGCCUUAUGGGCCAGAGGAGUUACAGCAUGGAUGGGAAGAGUGAAUAGCAGAAAUAGAAUGUGAACAGCCAGGGGGUCAGGUCGGAGAAGCCAGAUACCCUACAGGGAAGAGAUGGAUAGAGGAUGAGCCUUGAUCAACAGGGGUGCAUGGUCAGCAAAAUACUGGACAGUGUUCCGUCUUUAGGCUUCCCAGGGCCUAUCCUGACUCAUGAGCCAGCUCAGCAUCCUUGAAGGGACUAUCGUGGAUAUGACUUGUGCAGCUGGGACCCAAGUCCAGGGCACACUGGAUGGUGUUUUGGCUACAGCACCAGGCAGUCAGUCCAGCUUCAGCUAAACGCCACAGAGAAUGAUGAUGGGGCAGUUUCUUCUGUGGUGCCACCCUGGAAAGUGGAUGAGGAGUUCUUGAACCUGAGCAUCCAGCUGUGCAUCCUGUGUGAGUAGGUGACUUUGAUAUUUAAUCCCUUAUCCUCCUGACCUGGUAAGACUUGAUUCUCCUUUGCCUCCACUAUGCCUUGAAUGUGUUAGAUGUAUCUGAUCAUCUGAUGGUCCCACAGAUAGUCCCAAGACUGACACAGCAAAAUGUCUGAAGAGCUUGAUGUGGAGAGAACUAUCCAUAUCCUGCAGUGCCAGGCCCAGAGCAACCUGGAUCCCCAACUAAAGUAUUUGCGGCAAGGCUCCAGACAACAGGCGCCCAUCAGGAUCCCAUUCCUUGUCAGAUUAAACCACAGAGGUACCUAUUACUGUCAAGUGAGUAGUCCUCGAGGUACACACAAUCUGACUGUGGUGUAAGUCCAGGCAGAGCCAUGGGUCAAGAUGAGAAAAUUUUAGAAGGGGCUGGAGUGUGUUUAUUUACUUUCCACUUCUUUGUACAGCUCGGGACCCCCUUACCAUGACCGUCGUCUAAAUGAUGUUAGUGAUUUUGGGGCUGGUGAUUACAGCAGCAGCCACAGUUUACGUCUUCAGGUUGCAGAAGUGGAUUUGGAGAGUUACCUUGUGAAGCAGGAGCGCACUUGACGGUCCCUCACUUCUUAACAGCCCGACAAAUCUGUGAAGGGGGCACAAUCCAGUGCUUCUGGCCACCGGGAUACUGGGACGCCGCCGACGUAAUCUGGCUGUAACGUCGCACCAAUAAAGCCUUCAAAUCACGAGUCAGUGACUUGAUCCCACCUGCGCUGAGGGAUUCUCCUCUCUCCCUUGGGCAUCCAAGUGUGACCUCUCGGGGAGGGAAGGGCGGAACCUACUGCUUGCAGAAAUGGCUAGAGCGCGGAGAGGCGGGCUGGGCGCUAGCCAAUGGGCUGAGAGAAUUUAGCAGAAGGCGGGGCCUCCCCCAACCAAUAGACGGACGCGUCCUAGUUGCCGCUCUAUGCCGCUCCGCCUUGGCUCGCUAGUCCCAGAAGGCGCCGGGCUUCCCAAGAUGGCGGCCGACGUGUCCGUUACUCACCGGCCCCGGCUGAGCCCGGAGGCUGGGGCCGAGGUUGAAACGGAUGAUGCCACGGAGCGCCGGGCUCCCGAAGAGGAACUGCCUCCUCUAGAUCCAGAAGAGAUCCGGAAACGUCUGGAACACACCGAGCGCCAGUUCCGCAACCGCCGCAAGAUACUGAUCCGGGGCCUCCCGGGGGACGUGACCAACCAGGAAGUGCAUGACCUGCUCAGCGACUUUGAGCUCAAGUACUGUUUUGUGGACAAAUACAAAGGGACAGCUUUUGUGACCCUGCUGAAUGGGGAGCAGGCUGAGGCCGCCAUCAGCGCCUUCCACCAGAGCUGCUUACGGGACCGCGAGCUGUCAGUGCAGCUGCAACCCACGGAUGCCCUGUUGUGUGUGGCCAACCUGCCCCCCAGCUUCACACAGCAGCAGUUUGAGGAGCUGGUGCGUCCCUUUGGCAGCCUGGAACGCUGCUUCCUGGUCUAUAGCGAGCACACUGGCCACUCUAAGGGCUAUGGCUUUGCAGAGUACAUGAAGAAGGACUCGGCUGCCCGCGCCAAGUCAGACCUGCUGGGCAAGCCGCUGGGUCUGCGCACGCUCUAUGUGCACUGGACGGAUGCUGGGCAGCUGACCCCUGCCCUGCUCCAUUCCCGCUGCCUCUGUGUUGAUCGCCUGCCUCCCGGCUUCAGUGAUGUGGAUGCCCUGCGCCGGGCGUUGUCAGCUGUCCACACUCCCACCUUCUGCCAGCUGGCGUAUGGUCAGCAUGGACAGCUGAAAGGCUUUGCAGUGUUGGAAUAUGAAACUGCAGAGAUGGCUGAAGAGGCACAACAGCGGGCGGAUGGCUUGGCUCUGGGGGGCAGCCAUCUGCGUGUCUCCUUCUGUGCCCCAGGGCCCCCUGGUCGUAGCAUGCUGGCUGCACUCAUUGCUGCCCAGGCCACAGUGAGUGCCCUCAAUCGGGGCAAAGGGCUUCUGCCUGAGCCCAACAUCUUGCAGCUGCUCACCAACCUUGGGUCCUCUGCCUCCCUCCAGCUGCUGCUUAACCCCCUGCUCCACGGCAAUGCAGGAGGCAAGCAGGGCCUCCUGGGCGCACCCCCCACCAUGCCAAUACUCAGUGGACCCGCGCUGUCCACGGCACUGCUGCAGCUUGCCCUGCAGACCCAGAGCCAAAAGAAACCUGGGAUCCUGGGAGACUCUCCCCUGGGCACCCACCAGCCUGGGGCCCAGCCAGCCAACCCACUCCUUGGGGAGCUUUCCGCAGGCGGAGGACUGCCCCCGGAGUUGCCGCCCCGGCGCGGGAAACCACCACCCUUGCUGCCACCACUGCUUGGCUCUUCUGGGGGUGACCGGGAAGCCAUGGGUCUGGGUCCCCCAGCUGCCCAGCUCACUCCACCCCCGGCCCCUGUGGGACUCCGAGGCACCGGCCUCAGAGGCCUCCAGAAAGACAGUGGACCUCUACCAACACCCCCUGGGGUCUCACUGCUAGGGGAGCCCCCCAAGGACUUCCGGAUCCCUCUUAAUCCUUACCUGAACCUACACAGCCUGCUUCCAGCCAGCAACCUGGCGGGUAAGGAGGCCCGGGGCUGGGGAGGCGCUGGGAGAAGCCGCCGCCCAGCUGAGGGCCCCCUGCCUAACCCUCCAGCCCCCGGAGGUGGUGGCAGCAGCAAAGCCUUCCAGCUCAAGUCCCGCCUACUCAGCCCCCUCACCAGUGCUCGCCUGCCCUCUGACCCAGGGCUGUCUGACAGCUAUGGUUUCGAUUACCCCUCGGAUGUAGGACCUCGGCGGCUCUUGUCCCACCCUCGAGAGCCAGCACUCGGGCCUCAUGGACCUAGCCGACACAAAAUGUCCCCCCCACCCAGUGGCUUCAGUGAGCGGAGUGGCGGGGGCAGUGGGGGGCCCCUCUCCCACUUCUAUUCGGGCUCACCCACUUCCUACUUCACCAGUGGCCUACAGGCUGGCCUCAAGCAGAGCCACCUGAACAAGGUGGUUGGCUCCUCCCCACUGGGCUCUGGAGAAGGCCUCCUGGGCCUCAGCCCUGGGCCCAAUGGCCACAGCCACCUGCUGAAGACCCCACUGAGUGGCCAGAAGCGUAACUUCGCCCACCUACUGCCCUCACCUGAGCCCAGCCCAGAAGGCAGCUACGUGGGCCAGCACUCACAGGGCCUGGGUGGCCACUACGCAGACUCCUACCUGAAGCGCAAGAGGAUUUUCUAAAGGGCCAGUGCCAGAGAUUCCCAAGGGCCUACAUCAAAUUGCUUUUGGGUUUUCUGGUGUUUUGUUUUAUGGGAUCCCCCCCCCCCUUUUGGUAAUAGAAAAACCUCUGAAAGACUUCGCUGACCAAACAGCCGGAGCCCAAGGCAUGUGGGGGAGUCUGGGGCCUCUCUGCACCUCUGGCUUGCUCCUGGCAUGGAAACCCUGCAGCCUUAAGAGAGAGGCCCUGCCUGCUCUCCCCUCCCUGUGUCUGCCUCUGUCCACCUCUUUGGGAGUCCUCUCCUGCCUCAUCACUCCUGUAUCUUGGCCUUUUGAGUGCCUUGGAGGGUUCCCUGACCUCCUGUGAGGAUCAGAAACUGUCCCUCUUUUUUAACUUUGACAGCUGACUUUUGUUUCCUUUUCUAAUUUUUAUUAUUUUUUAAUAAUCCAGGACAUUCCCCAGCUCUGAAUCCUUCAAGACCCAGUGUGUCUGUCAUUCCACACUUUCCAGUUUGAAACAGCUCAGCCCUGUUCUCCCAUGUCUGCUGCAGGCAUGGCUGUCUCCAGUUCCUGCCUGCCCACUCUAAAAUUGUGCUCCAGCUGCAGGUUCCUGGCUCCCCUGCCACAGUCCCCUGGCCUUCUGAUGCCUUAAAGCUGGGCCUCAGGCCCUGCUGGCCAGAGCCUCGGAUGCCAAGCUCUGGUAGCUUGACUCAGGACCAAAUAGCUCUGGCCUAGGAAUAGGACCUUUCUACCCAAGCGUCCCUACCCUAGGGACAGAAGGUCCAGCAACCCUACUUUUCCUUGUCCUCCUCACCUCCCCAGGUCUGGGUGCUUUACUCUGCCAGCUUAAACCAGCCCCUUUGCUGUUUCUCUGGUAGUCAUGCAUUUCACUGAGCCUCUAUUCUUACCCCAUGUUGAAGAUUAUCUCCACCUCAUCAUUCCUAGGCCAUGUCAUAUGGAGCUGGCCUCCCUUUGGUCCAGUGCUGGCAACUAACAACUGGAGGCAGAUCAGCUCUGUCCCUGCCCACCAGCAGGACCUAUCUACCUGUAGUGACCCUGGGUCCUGUGCCAAGCCAGCUGGGUCACCAGCUUCCCUCCUAUGAUUCUGGGGCAUUCUUGUCCACUCCAGGAGGUGGGAGGGUGUCCACUCCCCAAUCCUCUCACACAGACCUUUGCUGAAUUAAAGUUUGUAAGUAAAUGGUUUUAAAGAAAACAGUGCUGGCUCG